AAUGGCUAUAGUGUUCCCAGCCAUCACCAACAAUAUUGAAUUAGUGUUUGAUACAAAUAUUUUUCGAACAAUACAUUUUGAAAAAGUUCGAAUUUUGAAAUUAAGAAAUGAAAAUAAAACUUUAAAAUUAGUAGUUCAAAACAAUGACACUACUCUCGACGAAUACAACCACGAAUAUAUUAAAGGAUGGAACGAAGUUCACUUUACAAAUCCUUCACCUUCGGUCAAGAUGUUUCUCUAUUUGACUGGAUCGCCUUAUAAUAAUCUGGAAAUUGGAGAGAUACAAAUACUGGCUACAAUAAAAGCUUAUUCGUCGUGCGUCGAAUGGUAUAAAGACGCAAAACCAACUUUUCCAGAAUUUAUAUAUGCUGAAGAUAUGUUUAGGUUUUUGUACGAAGAUGUUGCAGAAUUGGAAUCUGGAUCUGUCUGUACAGCGUCUAUAUCACAUAUACACCAGCAACUACGAAUAUAA